UUGUACAUUUCACUUCCCUGUAUCACUUCAAAAAAUAAAACCAGUUGUGAAUGUAACAAAAUUAGCUUUAGAAUGGCAACUUCUAGUGGAGUGGUUUGUGAAAUAUGUGAAGCUCAGCAUAUUACAAAAUCAGCCAACUUUUGGUGUCCCGAGUGUGAAGAAGGGAUGUGUUCCGAAUGUAAAGAACAUCACAGUUUCGCAAAAGCCACUCGAAACCACGAAAUUAUUUCUAUUGAAAAUUAUCUAAAAUUGCAGUCAUCAAUUUCAAAAAUAGCCACAUAUUGCUAUGAACAUAAUUUAAAAUAUCAAAACUACUGUCCACAAGACGACAAAAUCUGUUGCUCAGUUUGUAUUUCAGAAUACCAUAAGAAUUGCUGUGGAUUAAAGUCUUUGCAAGAGAUCGUAAAAACCUUCAAAGCAUCAGCUUUGCUAGAAAGCAUUGAACAAAGUUUAAAGGAUAUGAUGUCUAACAUUGACAACAUAAUGAAAGAUAGAGAACAAAAUUUGACUGCCAUUGAAACACAAAGAAAACUGUUUCACACUGAAAUAAAACAAAUACGUCAAAAAGUAAAUUCCCAUCUCGAUUCAUUAGAAGAACAAAUGUUGCUGAAAUUGAAUGCAGCUGAAACAGAAAUCAAGUCAAAGCUAAACACGUUAAUGUCGCAACUUACAAACAAAAGAGUGUAGAGACUUUGCAAACUAACAUAUCAGCUCUAAAAGAUUAUGCGUCCGACCUCCAGAUAUUUCUUGGGAGUAAAUCGCUUGAGAUGGAAGUAGAGACAGAAAACAAAUAUUUGGAGCCGUUGUUUCAAGACGGUAGUCUCUACCAAAACGAACUAAAAUGCGACAUAAGUGAAAAGAUAUCAGAUAUAUUGACCACCAUUACAGUCUUUGGAUCAGUGUCUAUAGAGACAUCACAACCAGCAAUCAUUUAUAAAUCAAAGAAGAAGAUACAAGCUCAGAUUUUAUCUGCUAUACCACAUCACCCGAAGUCAAUAGAUACUAUUAGCAUUUCUCUCAGAUCAAAAUUACCUUUUCCCGCCAUAUCACAAUCUAGCUUUCGUGGCUUCACGGUAUCACCAAGUGGAUUUAUUGUGUUGUCGGACACUUCUCAAAGACUUGGUAUCAUGAAUUCUUGCGGAACCUAUGAUUUUAUUAAAAAAGGUUUGAAUAGCUAUAACGAUAUCACCUUUGUUGAUGACAUUACAGUCGCUGCAUCUACAAUUAACGCAAUAGAAAUCAUUAACCUUGAUUCUAAGCUGACCGAAAGAGUAAUUAGUUUUCACGGAAUUUGUUACGGAAUACGGUACUACAAUGGAAAAUUGCUUUGUAGUGUUAUUUCAAAAGGAAUUCAAAUGAUACAGUUAUCAAACGGGCAAAUCACUGAUCUAGUUAAACAAAGAGAGCCGGAAAAUUGGUCAUAUCUAGCAAUACACGAUGACAAAGUUUAUCAAACAACGUCCAAUUAUUUUGUCAGGUGUUAUACAAUGAAGGGAGAGAUGUUAUGGGAACACAUACUUCAACAAAGUAAGGGCGUGGCACGUGGCAUCACUGUUGAUAAUAAUGGCAUAGUAUAUAUUGCAAAAUAUAAUGGUAACUCCAUUGCAUUGCUUUCUCCAGAUGGACAACGUUGUAGACAUUUACAAAUUAGUGAUACAAAGAAACCAUGGGGGCUUCAUUUCAACGCGAUAACGAACUCAAUGACCGUUGGCUGUGUGAACGGAACGAUUGAGCUCUAUGAUAUUUCGUAUUCUCAUUAGACGAACAACUACUUAAAUAUGCAUUAUGAAUCGAUAGAUAGUACAAACAACAAAACAUAGUUAAUUAUGAAAUAAAAUAUACAAGAGAGUACACGCUGAAAUAUAUCACCUGCUUUACUUUAAUACCUUGAUUGAAUUCAUGUUGAAAUUCUGUAAUAUGAAGGUUUUACUAAAAGUAUCACAUGUAUUUCUCAUUAUCAAUGAUCCAUGAAAUGAGGUCAAGGUAAAAUGAAACCUGCCAGACAGACAUGUACACCUUACAAUUAUUCAAUACACCUAAUACAUUGGCCCUGUUACAUAUACAUGUUAUAGUCUCAGAAAAAUGAACCAAACCAGAAAAACUAAAAAAUAUGUGUCCCAUCCACCCAUUUCUACAAGUCAUAUGAUUAAUGAACUACCAAUGGAAUUAGAGAAAGGAGACCUAGGACUAACAUUAGGACUAGAAUAUUGUGGCUGUCCAUUAUGUGCAGAUGAUAUUGUACUGAUGUCAACAGACGAAACAGAGAUUCAAGCAAUUCCUGAUAUUGCAUACAAAUAUCCUUUUGAAUACAGGUAUAAUAUCCAUCCGAAAAAAAAGUACUCUUAUAAAGACUGAAAGGGUCAAGUCAAAAGUUCAAUCGGAAAAUAUCAGAAUAGGAAAUGAAGCAAUACAAACUCAGUUACUGACAACCAAGCGACACAUUUAGGAAUCAUACGAGCAUCUAAAGACGAUCAAGAAUAAAUAUACAAGAACGUUUGAGUAUUGCAAGAAAGACUCUGUAAUCUUUAACUCCAGUGGGACUUAACCCAAUCAAAGCAUCGUCGAUGUUGUGAUCCAGCCAUAUUCAUAGCUAUGAUAUUCUUUCUGACCAUACUUUUUUCAAUAUUUAUUUCUCUUUUCAAUUCCAAUCUUACUGUUAAAUUUCUGUUAUUGCCCACAGGUAGGGAAUUUUGCAAUAUUGAUGCAAAUAAUGAUAUAUAUAUAUAUUGAUAUUUCAAUUUUAGACUCUGUCAGAUUUAAAAAAAAAAUAUUUGUAAUUUAAUGGCAUUGACAUGAAUGGAAAGGGAAAUCGUCAAACAAGUAAUAUUUUAUAUGCUAUUAAUAAUAACUGGCUUAAUAAUUUCCAGAAAGAUGCCUUGGAAAUGCACUUUCUCAACAACAAAAAAGAACAAAAAUAAUAACUAAUUUUUAUCUAAAUUGGUGUUCAUUUUUCAUUUAGAAAAAAUACAUUUCCUGUAUUCAAAUUUAAAUGUACAAAUACCUAAUGCUGAGAUAUUUCCAAUUACUGUUAAAUAGCAAUAUAAUGGGAUAUUAAUGUAGAACAAACAAAUAAAUGUUAUUGCAGAAAAUGCUCAGGUAAGAGUUAAGCAAUUUUGUUAAUUGUUUCAACCAAAUUUCUGAUAACUGUAACUAAUUAAUUAGAUCUUGAUUAUUGACUGAUGAUAAUGACACUGAUUUUACAAGUGAAAUAAAAUUUGCUUGCAUUUUUAUACAUAUUUUUACAUUUUUUGUCAUUUCUAUGAAAAAAAAACCAUGUCUGAUUAAUCAUUCAGCUAGCUAGCAAAAUUAACAGAAUAUUUUAAUGUAGUGUAGAUCAAAAUAAAUAAUACAUUUGUAGGUUUACUAUUGAGGUCAAGAAUGUGUGUAUUCAGUUAGGUGUGUAAUAAAUUGUGCCUAUUUAAUUAUGUAACAGGUCAUGAGAUAUUAAUUGUGGUGAAUUAAGACUGGGGUUGUUUCCAAUUAAUACUUACAUCUUUGAGUGUAAUUAUUUGAAAAAUCAUGAGAGUUUAUAAUCAUACUGACUCUUACUUGCUUAUGGAAAGAAUUAAAGUAAUACCAUUUCAAAAAAGUGUGGGAAUCAACCUAGAUAUAUUAACACACAUAUUGACCUAAAUUUUAUAGACCAAAAACUUACACAAGCAUAAGAUAAUAAUAUAAUACUUUCAAAAUUGUUAUCAACUGAUUCAAUUGAUGUAAAACAUACUUUUUCAAUUUAUUUCAUAAAUAGUAAAUCAUUAUAAAUUUUGAUUUACAAAGGAACUAUAUGCAGGGUUGUUCGACCAAUCUUUUCUUAAUUUAAGGGCAAAUAACAUGUCAAAAGUUGGCAGUUGAUGAUUAAAAUGGUGUAGAAAGUUUCUGCAAGUCAUAAAAACACAUAAUUA